AUGGGUGGCUGGAGAAUGGAGGUGAUCAAAGUGGGCCUGUAUUUGGCCAUUCCGUUGGGUGUCCUCACCAUGUCCAACAUGCCGCAGUACUUGGAGCGCAAUCAUGAGGCCCAGCGGUUGAGCGUCUACGAGCAGACUGGGGUCGACAUGUCUCCAGGUGACCCUGAAACCCUUGACGAACUUCGAGCAAAGUUCGAUAAGAUGCCGAAAAUUUGCAACCUCCACCGUAUCAACCGAUCGGCCGCAACAAAAAAGGCAGCCAGCGAAGCCCAGUCCCACUAA